GUGAUCCCGGCAUCGUCACUUUCGUCAGUCGUAUCCCCUCUUCCUCUCCUUUCCCUCCUCGCCUUCCUUCAUCACUUUCCUAAAAUUGCAUCACUCUUUUUCUCUGCUCCCAAACAUCAAAUCCCAAAUCACUCUGAUUGUCUCGUGUGCGUGCGUGUGUGCGUAACGCGUAGCUCUUUUGAUUAUCUUUGAUCGGCCGAUUGAUUUUCUACUGCAUCCGCCUUAGCAGUGAGAUCGAGUUUGGUGUGCUAUGUAGAGUUUGAUUUCAAAUGUUCAUCGUGCCGAGAAGUUCGAUCGAAAAUUGAAUGUGUGGAUCUGAUUGUGGUUUGAUGCUUAAUGUCUAACUGUUCCAAUUAUGGGAUAAGUAGGAGCUGAUAUCAUUGUAGACCUCAAGGAAAUAAGGCAAUGGGAGAGAGACGAGAUGAUGCUGGGCCAUCAGAGCAAGGACCUUCGAAUCAAACCUGGUGGCCUUCUGAAUUUGUUGAGAAGUUUGAUUCUGUUCAUUUAGGAUCGCAAGAGGAGACCUCUAGUGCUAAAGGCUCACCCAGAAAUCUUGCUCAAGAUGGGCUGCCAUCUAAUAGUGCUUCCAAUAUUCUUUGGAGCACUGGUUCUCUUUCUGAGCCGAUUCCAAAUGGUUUCUACUCUGUGAUCCCGGAUAGUAAAUUGAAGCAACUAUUUAAUAGCAUUCCUACAUUGGAAGAUCUUCAUGCUCUGGGCGAGGAAGGUCUAAAGGCUGAUGUGAUUCUUGUUGAUUUUCAAAAAGAUAAGAAGCUUUUCAGGCAAAAGCAGUUGAUUACUAAACUUGUCAGUGGAUUGAACUCAAAACCAGCUGCUGUUAUCAAGAAGAUUGCUGGAUUGGUGGCAGAUGUUUAUAAGCAACCUACUACUCUGCAUAGCCCGGCAAAAGCUACGCAAUCUCUUGAAAACUGUGGUAUUCAACUGCUUGGCCAGAUCAAGAAUGGCUCUUGUCGGCCACGAGCUAUCUUAUUCAAAGUUCUAGCUGAUACGGUUGGUCUUGAAAGCAAACUUGUAGUGGGUUUGUCAAGUGAUGGAGCUGCUGAGAGUGUAGACUCAUACAGUCAUAUUUCAGUUACUGUUCUUCUUAAUUCUGUGGAAAUGCUGGUUGAUCUAAUGCGGUUUCCUGGUCAGCUUAUUCCUCUAUCAGCCAAGGCAAUAUUUAUGAGCCAUAUCUCAGCGGCAGGGGAAAGUGAUUCUGCGGAGAAUGACUCUUGCGAUUCACCUUUGGAGCCAAAUAGUCCCAUGUUUGGUUAUUCAGAUCAUGAAAAUGCAGAAAAAGAUGAAAACCUUCUGUUUCAUAGGAAACUGGAAGGGUCUCCAAUUAUGUCUGGUCCACCAUCAAGAAAUAUGCUGUUACGAUCUGCCUCCACGCUGGAGAGAAAAUUAAGUUUAUCACCGAGCGAGUCAAACAUUGCGAAUGAGUUUUGGCGGCAGAACCGGAGAAAGGUCAUUGCUGAUCAGAGGACUGCUGGUUCCAGCCCCGAGCAUCUUUCCUUCCGAACACGUACGAAGUCCAUGCUAAGUGGCGACAAGAACUUGGCACAAGAUGUCACCGGCAAUGUUGCCACAAGCUCUAAAUCUGUUGGAGGAGCGAAACUGGAAACAAAGAGAAUAAGGAGGAGAAGCAUUAGUAUAACUCCUGAGAUUGGUGAUGAUAUCGUCAGGGCAGUACGAGCGAUGAAUGAAGCAUUGAAGCAGAAUCGCCUCUCAAAAGAGCAAUGUGAUGAUAGUUCAUCUCCUAGCUCUCCAAAUGACACAGGCGAGGGCCCUCAUCUCCAGAAAAUUGUCUCUGGUUUCCAUCUUGAUGCCCAUGACCAAGUGUCUGGAGGAAGGUCGACUCUUUCCAGGGAACCUUUUGAUCCACAGAAGGCAAUCUCACUACCUACGUCUCCCCAAAACUACCGAGGCCAAUCCUAUGAAAGGAGUGGAUCAUCACAUCGUAAUAUAAGUCAUAUAUGGGAUAAAGUAUUGGGAUCUCCCAUGUUCCAGAACAAACCAUUGUUACCAUAUGAAGAAUGGAACAUAGACUUCUCUGAGCUGACGGUUGGGAUUCGUGUUGGAAUUGGAUUUUUCGGAGAAGUCUUCCGUGGGGUUUGGAAUGGAACAGACGUUGCGAUCAAAGUGUUCCUCGAGCAAGAUCUUACAGCCGAGAACAUGGAAGAUUUCUGCAAUGAGAUAUCGAUUCUUAGCCGACUCAGACAUCCCAACGUUAUACUGUUCCUUGGAGCAUGCACGAGGCCUCCACGAUUAUCGCUGAUCACUGAGUUCAUGGAAAUGGGAUCUUUGUAUAAUUUGCUGCACUUGAGUGGACAAAAGAAGAAGCUAAGCUGGCGGAGGAAGCUAAAGAUGCUACGUGACAUUUGCCGGGGGUUGAUGUGCAUACAUCGGAUGGGGAUAGUACAUCGUGAUAUAAAGAGCGCAAACUGUCUUUUGAGCAGCAAAUUGACAGUCAAGAUCUGUGAUUUUGGGCUAUCGAGAAUCAUGACAGGCACGACAAUGAGAGAUGCAGUCUCUGCAGGAACUCCAGAGUGGAUGGCUCCUGAACUUAUCCGCAAUGAGCCCUUCUCUGAAAAGUGCGAUAUCUUCAGCUUAGGUGUUAUCAUGUGGGAACUCUGCACUUUAACCAGACCUUGGGAAGGAGUACCACCUGAACGGGUUGUUUAUGCUAUUGCUUACGAGGGAGCUCGUCUUGAGAUUCCUGAAGGGCCAUUGGGAAAGCUUAUUGCAGAUUGUUGGACAGAACCGGAACAAAGACCGACCUGCAAUGAGAUACUUUCUCGUUUGCUGGACUGCGAGUAUUCGCUUUGCUAACUUCUCUUAAAAUCUUUUUACCUUUCUGUGAAUAGAAACUUUGCAGUAAGAAGAGGUUUUCGUUUUUCUUCUUUGAGUUUGUACAAAAGAACUUUUGGGCGCUUUCAUAUCCGCAACAAGCUUUGUGGAACUCUUUCUUGUUUUGUCAUUGCACAUUAGUGAAAUGAAACCCUUUUGAAAAAAGAAGAAACAAAAGUAUACUUUUU